AUGCCGUUCUUCUCAAAGGUUUUCAAGAGCAAGGACGAUACAGUCAAGAAGCCAGCCCCUGUCACCAAUGGUGCUGCCUCAGCCAAAAAGCAGUGGUCGGAUGCAUGGCUGCGCACCAGGGUCGAUCCUGAACAGGUGGCCGAAUUGCUACAUUAUUGUACACAGGAAAUAAAAUCAAGAGGUCUCGACGUUCCUUUCCUUCUACUUCCCUUCCGGCCUUCUUCGGACCCUUCCGCUGCGAGAACAUUCGUGCGCAAUUAUUUCAUCCCUCCCCAUGAUCGGGAUCAGCUCAGCGGAGAUGCGCUGGCUACUGAACUUCGCAUGGCGACCGUCAUGGUCAUCAUCAGUGUCAUGAAGUGGUGCUGGGCUCGAUUGCCCGGUGGUGUAGUUACAUGGGAGACGUACGAGAUGUUCAAGGUUGGCGAGAAAGACUCCCGCCUCGCUCGAGAUGCUUUCACAACCUUCAUUCCCAUAUCCGUGGAUUCAAAUUCCCGCGUCCAAAUAAUCCGAGACUUCUUUGACCUACUGGCUGCAGUUGCGGCUCAUGGCAAAAGCAACGGCUUGGGUGCCUACAAACUGUCAAGAUUUGCCGGAUGGUGGGCUUUCAACCACAUUGACACCGGAAAGGGAUUUGAUGCUGGUUACAAGUCGUGGGAGGCCGCCGCAAAUGCUACAACCCACCUUUUCUUUGCGUAUCUUCGAUCCCUCUCACCCGAAGGCAAUACAAGCGGUGUGCUCAGCCUCCCGCGCUCCCUACAACAGCUGCUAGAUUCGACGGAAUACCCUCCCGGACAGGGUUUCAUCACCAAUGAGACCACAAAGUUGGUUAUGAUUGUCGACAUUGUUUCUCCUACACCUUACGCGCUUCUGCGACGCGCAAAGAACUUCGAAUAUCGCGAUUCAGACCACGCUCUCCAGGAGUUCUCUAGCUUCGAAGAUCCCAUCAGAGCAUUGACCGAUGAGUGUCGUCGUGUGCUUAAUGCCAUCUCUUCCACCAAUCAGUCUAAUGUUUCUAAUGCAAAAACGUCGACAAGUCUUGCAGAUCCAUCCUGGUCGCGUUUCGAAGAUAUUGGGUUUGGCAGCACCCUCGACGAGAUCGACGAGUCGGACAACUUUCUGUCUGCUAAGCCCGUAUCUAACCACCUCGCUGGCACCCAUAGCGCUGUCGAUUUAGCUCGUCCAACCACUCCAAGCUGGGCUGAUUUCCUGUCUUCUGGAUUUGCCGAGGAUGGAAAGCAGACUGGUGCUCCGAUUCUCUUGCCUCCGGACAAAAUUCUUCCUCCGCUCAACGUGGCUGCUCGCGGUCAAAGCUCACAAUCACACCGGAGAAACCUCGAGCCUGUCAAUCUGGAUCCUGGCGAGUUGGCGAGUAUCAACACCAUGGGUAUAGACGAUGCGUUCUGGUGGGUCUGGAUCAGUAGUUUGGCCGGUGAGGAACCCCAAUCUCGCAAGGCUGUCUUCGGAAGAUGCGCCCUGAUCGAGACUAUCUUCAGCGACGGCAAAUGGAUGGUAAUGGAGGAGCAAGUCAAAGGCGCCGCGCCUGAGCCGGCUCAGGGUGCUUACAUUGCCGAGAAGAAAAGAUCUUUCUUCGGCUUCACUACCAAGAAUGGCCGUCUGACCCGUCGGAGGUCUGGUGUCAAGAAGAGUCCUCUAGCGCAGGACGUCAACGGCUUCGAAUCCAGCCGCACCGCCAUUGCCCCUGAUCAGCAGGCUCGUAUCCAGCAGGCUGCGAAAGAGCUGAGCCAAAAGAAAGAAGCCGAAGAAACCGCCGCCAGACGGCGCCAACAGCCGGCAGCAAAUGUUCCUGCCUCGAAUCGAAACAGCGUCUUCACGCUUGGUCCGAAUAAGGAGGAGUUCUCGCCAGCCCUAGCAUGGGCUAAGAAGUACGAUAAGGAGGCGAUCCGUGCACAGUACCUAGGCGAUAGAUUGGCCGGCAAGGGCUCUCGAGAGCUACUCACUCUACCAGAAUCAGGUCUCGGUAUGACUCGCUCGACUUCGACACUCUCUCAUCACGAGGCCAAGGAGUUACCACCAGCACCUAAAGAGCCACAGCCGGUUGAGUCAGAGUGGCCUUCGCCCAGUCCAGCACCCAUUCCGUCGCCCCGUCCGGCACUCAUCUCUUCCCAGACGCAUGAGCCACCCAAGAUCAUCGAGCCCGAGCCUGCACCAACCCCACCUGUACCCACUGUCCCUGUUCAGCAGGAUAUUCCAGAGGAGGCUGCUAAGGCUCCGUUGCCAAACACCACGUUCGACCAGAUCGUCCCACAGACUACAGAAAAACCACAGCAAAGCGAAGUAGAUGCUAAGCGUCCACCCGUCUCGCCUAACAAGCUACGCAAGUCGCUUGAGGGUCACCGUAUCUCUCCAGACGAAAAGAAACCUCGAAAGGUCGGGCCGCCUCCGACGCAAAAGACAAGUGGUAUCAGGAGACUCUUUGGAACUAAGAGAGCCAAACCCAAGGAACCUGAGACGAAGAAAGAGCAAAACGAUGUGGAUCCCGCUAUCCUUGCAGCUCGUCGUGCACUCGAAGGCAAGCCGAGCUUGGCACCUAACGGGUCCACCGACUCGCCGCCACUCAGCCCCGGGCACUUCCAGAGAAUGAAGCAAGUGAAUGCUAGCAAGAUUUCCGAUGUCCCAGAAGAAGAGUCCCAACCAGCCACUCCUCCGGCCCAACGCGGGAGAACGCCUGAGCCUGAGCCGGAGCUUGCAGGGUCUGCACAACCUGCAGAACUGUAUGGUGGGCCACCCCGUACAAGACGCGAUGAAGAGUACGACCAACUGUCUCGUGUCGACACGAACGAGCGCGAGGAUGCUGACAAGGAGUUCUCCACGUUCGACCAAGGGCCUCUGGAUCAACCAGCUUUCGUACCUCAGGCGUCGACGGCUGGCGAGGAACUUGGUCGCGAGGAGCCCAAAAUUCGGACCAAUCACCAAUCCACUUACUCGGCGAUGACCGUGCCUAUUGAAGAGUCGGAUGAAGAUGAGCCGACAACUAUGAAUGCGUCGGAUCGAUGGGCUCAGAUCCGCAAGAAUGCUGCCGAGCGUGCUCGUGCAUCAGAGGAGCACACAACACGCUCUAGAACGGAGACGAGAACUGAUGAUGGCGAGACGAGUGGUGAAGAGACUAUCGAGUCUCGUGUGGCCAGGAUCAAGGCUCGGGUGGCCGAGUUGACGGGCAACAUGGAAGCGACACGACGCUAA